AUGAAAGGGUUAGGUUCUCAUACACUCUUGAUUCCAAAGGCAAAGCCUCCUCUUUCAUUUGCAAUUCUUGAUGCAUUACCUUGUUGUUCUUAUUUCUCUAGAACCACCACUUUAUCCCCAUUAAGAUGCAGACAGAAAUUGAAGUUGAGCUUGGUGCGUGGCGAAAUUCGAUCCCAAGCUUCAAAUGUUGGUGUUGGACCGGGGGAUUAUGGAAACAAUCAUGAGAAAGAUAGUCAGAAUGUCUCUGAAAGAAACUCUGUUGAUGACAAUUCGUCUAAAGUCGUGAAACCUAUUCGGGUUCCGUAUCCUGCAUCUAUAGCUUCUGUGCUGUUUGGAUGUGCUCUUGUGUUUUCACUAAUAGCCUUUGUGAAAGGAGGGCCUUCAUCAGUUCUAGCAGCAAUUGCAAAAUCAGGAUUCACUGCCGCGUUUACAUUAAUAUUUGUUUCUGAAAUUGGGGACAAGACAUUCUUUAUAGCUGCACUCCUGGCAAUGCAAUAUGAGAAGGGAUUGGUUUUGUUGGGUUCAAUGGGUGCUCUUGCACUCAUGUCAAUCCUAUCUGUUAUAAUAGGCCGUAUUUUUCAAUCAGUGCCUGCUCAGUUCCAGACAACCUUACCGAUUGGAGAAUAUGCGGCAGUAACUCUUCUUUUGUUUUUUGGCCUAAAAUCAAUAAAAGACGCAUGGGAUCUUCCUUCAGCUGCUGUUAAAAAUGGUGAUAACAACAGUCCUGAACUUGAUGAACUUGCUGAAGCUGAGGAGCUUGUGAAAGAAAAGGCAUCCCCUCGGCUUUCAAAUCCACUUGAGAUCAUUUGGAAAUCAUUCAGUCUUGUAUUUUUCGCUGAAUGGGGAGAUCGGUCAAUGCUUGCAACAAUCGCGCUCGCGGCUGCUCAGUCUCCUUGGGGUGUGGCCAGCGGAGCCAUUGCUGGACACUUGCUAGCAACAUGUAUUGCCAUUGUUGGAGGAUCACUCCUUGCUAACUACAUUUCUGAAAAACUGGUUGGUUACUUGGGUGGAGGGCUGUUUCUAAUUUUUGCUGUAGCCACCUUUUUUGGAGUUUUCUGA